CCCUGCAGGAAGUCAUGUGUUGAGUGUGAGGAGGGAGAAAGCAGGGAGAGGGAGUGUCAAAGUGUGUCUAGAGUUUGCAAAGCAGGAGGAACAGCUCAAUAUGAUAUGAAUUGCUCUCAGAGGGAAACUUCUCCUAUUUCUCUGACCACUGAAUGGGUCUGAAUAUGGAUCUACAGUAUGGGAAUACGAAUUUUUGGAAGAAAAGAAGUAAGAUUGUAUAAAGUUCAACAGAGCUUGUAGCGGCUGCAUGGAUGUGGAGCGACAUGCUGUCUUUUGUGGAGUUUCCAGCCAAAGUGGAGCUGCUGUCCACCGGAGAGCUGAGGAUGCCGUUCUCAGAUGCAGUCAAGUACUGCAUUCUGGGAAUUUCCAUCCUUCUCCUCCUGGUGGCGCUGGCAAUCUUAAUCUGGCAGAUCUUCAGAUGCUUCUCUGACACACAUACAUCAUACCCGCAUCAGGACACAGUGAACACUGAUCUGCUGUAUUCAGAGGAAAAACCAUCAGGAGCUGAAAAUUACGGUUCUCCUCCAAGUACUAAAGUGGAGGAUGUGCGUUCUGAAGCUCGCAGACUGACUCGAUGUUUGUCCCAAGCUUCGUUUCCGUCCGAGUCCAACUACGCAGAGAGCAACAUGAGGGAGCACCAAACCAUUAACAGGGUUCACGGCUCGCUGCGUUUCUCCGUCUACUACGACCAGCUGCAGGCGUUUCUGGUAGUGACCGUGUUGCAGGUGGAGGGGCUGGUGGGCAGCAGCCAGACGUCAGGCCUGCAACCGUUUGUGAAGAUUCGCCUCAUGUGUGCCGGAUCAGAAGGAACUGAGCUGGAACACCAGGAGGGUCAAGCGACGCCAUCUGUGCUGUGGACGGUGCUGCAGGAGUGGCGCACCCGCAUCGUAAAAGGCAGCUGUAACCCUUUAUAUGGAGACCAGUUUAGCUGCAUUCUGCAAGACAAGGACAUGAUUAAUCGCAUAACCCUGAGGAUGGAGGUGAGAGACUUUGAUAAGUUCUCCAGACACACGGUGCUGGGAGAGGUCAGGGUUCCUCUGGGGAAGCUGAACAUCUCUUUUCCUCUGGAGCUUCAAGAGGACCUGCAGAUUCCACAGAAGGAUUUGGUUGGAGAAGUGCUGCUGACGUUAAAGUAUCUUCCGACCUCUCAGAGGCUGGAGGUCGGCCUGCUGAAGGUCAGAACAGCCAUCGCUGAGCCGUCCUCUGAUGCAGUCAUGUAUGCCAGGAUCAGCAUUCAGUGCAACCAGAGCAAGUUGAGGUACCAGAAGACCUCUGCUGUCCCCCGCUGCCCAAUGACCGUCUUCAAUGAGGUCCUCAUGUUCUCCCUGCCAGACGUCCCACUGGAGCAGUGUAAAAUCUUAGUCUCGGUGUAUGAGAUGCAGUCGACUGGAAGGUCCAACAAGUGUCUGCUGGGACAGCUGAGUGUGGGGAAGGACAGGAGCUCAGAGGACGAGCACUGGACCUCGAUGGUGCGCUCGGUGCGGCAGCCUGUAGCAAAGUGGCAUGGCCUGCUGCUUUAAGCUGCUGGCCAGAAACAUCUGAAGCAGUUUCCUGCUGUUUGACUCGGUUCGUGUUCACCUCGUCCUGCAGGGACCGUGAUGAAACUCCACAGGAUGGAGCUACACUCAGAUGUGUAAACAUGAGAACAAUCAUUUUUAUUGAGCUGCCUGUCCAUCAUAAAUGUGCACAAAUCUUCAUCGAUAUUCUGCUAAUGUUGAAAAAACACAAUUUUGCAACUACAGUGUUUCCAUUAAAUGAGAAGUUAAAUUAAAGUCACAUGGAAAUGAGGCUAGUUCCAUGAUAAGUUACUAAAAAUCAUGGCAGCAUCGGAUGUAAACAGUUUCAUGAAAUAAUAUUCAUAAUUCAGCCAAUCAGAGAAGAUGUUGGCAUCCUAUUGAAGUGUUGAAGUGACAAGCUCCGCCUUCUUGGGAGCGGCUACAUAUGUGGUGUUUUGGGGAAAUAGUAGUUUACAGAAGAGCGAUUGUUUCAACAUGUUGAAAUGACACAACCUUCUUUGAACUGCGAUGCUGUGAGAGCUCUGGUGGAGCCAGCUGCACAUUAUCCAAAGAAAGCCAUUAUCCUCCUCCUACUUCCUGUCGUCUCCUUCUUUGUAGUUUUGCCAGCAGUAACAUCCACCUGCUGAUCAUGUGUCUCGUUUGAUGUGAAAAAAGUGUUUCCAUUGCAGUUUUUGUGAAAUGUUUCUAUUCGACUGAAAAAUUACAUCAUCCGAGGACAGCUUUUUAUAAAAAAACCUGAGUUUUUUUAAAUUGGCGUGUUUCCAUCAAGCAAAUGUAUUUUUGUUCUUUCAAUUUGUGCAAUUUUAUGGUUAAUGGAACCACCACUGUCUUACCUUAUCUCUAUCUGUAAAUCUACUUCUAAUAAAACCUCUGAAGGAUAUGUUAUUACUUUACACAUUUUACCAAUUAGCAUUAAAUGUUUUUUCAAUUUUUUUUAAAUUUUUCCUAAAAUUAAAUGUUUCUAUUCUAUUAAUUAAUGCAUUACAUGCCUGCUACCUGUUUAUUGAGAGUAUCCUAACAUUUGUAUGCAACAAAACAAUAAAUAUGAUCCUGAUGACUCGGCAUUCAAUUGUCCAAAACCUUUUGGAUUCAGUUAAUUACUUUUCUCCAGUUUGAUGUGCGAGUGAGGCUCUGUCCUUAUGAGUGAUCUCUGCUGCCCCCUGCUGUUUUGUUUAUUAAAAUACUUUUCAAGUAGGAA